UGUGAAAAGGAGAGUUUGAGAGAGAGAGAGAGAGAGAGAGAGAGAGAGAGAGGGUCUCUCAUUCUCCACCACUGCCACUGCUCUUUUUUGAGAGAGCCCAAGACCGAAGACCGCGACCGCUAAACUCUGAGAAGUUAGACCCCUCUUUCUCAUUGCUGGCGGUGGCUUUUCGAAUUUCUCUCAAAGGAGAAAUACCUUUUGGAGAUAGAAAAAAGUCCUUCGUUGGAUUUGGAUCGACCCGCAUUUUGUCGGCAGGACUGUAGAUCCUUGAUGUAAAGAUGGUUGCUCAGGAAUUUACCGUUGAUUUGAAUAAACCUCUUGUAUUUCAGGUUGGUCAUCUUGGAGAUGCUUAUCAAGAAUGGGUGCAUCAGCCUAUUCCGACCAAGGAAAGUCCUCGAUUUUUUGAAAGUGAUUUUUGGGAGUUCUUGACCAAGACGGCCUGGUGGGUGAUUCCUCUUAUCUGGCUGCCAGUUGUCUGCUAUUUCAUCUCCAAAUCCGUACUAAUGGGCCACACAUUUCCUGAGAUAGCUCUCAUGGUGGGAUUAGGUAUAUUCAUUUGGACAUUGCUUGAAUACACAUUGCAUCGUUUCCUUUUCCACAUCGAAACAAAGAGCUACUGGGGAAACACUAUACAUUAUCUUCUUCAUGGCUGUCAUCAUAAACACCCCAUGGAUGGCUUGCGUCUUGUUUUUCCUCCAGCUGCAACUGCAGUUCUAUUGACGCCAUUCUGGAACAUGGUUAAGCUUUUUGCUACACCCUCUACUACUCCUGCUCUAUUUGGUGGUGGCUUAUUGGGUUAUGUGAUGUAUGAUGUUACCCAUUACUACCUCCACCACGGCCAGCCAUCGAAGGACUCUCUUCGACAUCUUAAGAAGUACCAUCUGAAUCAUCACUUCCGUAUUCAGAACAAGGGGUUUGGAAUAACUUCAUCUAUAUGGGACAGAGUCUUUGGAACACUUCCAAAGACAAAAGCAGCUGAGAAAAGUAGAUAAAAAUUCAUUGGCAAGGAGAAAAGCAUCUCUCAUAAUUGAUGGUUAUUAUGCUUAUUUUCCUUCAUAAACAUUCUUUAUUCUAUUAUGCUAUGAUCUUUUUCUUUUCUCCUCUAGUUUAAGAUGGUGAAUUUGGGAUUGUCAUACUAUGGGUAUGUUGGUUAAGUAUCAAUUUUGUGUCGCCUUGUUCUACAAGGCAACUGUAUGUAUAAAUCAAUUUCAUUUUCUUAGAUAUUGCUUUGUUUAUGGAGGAAAAUUCUCUUUACUUGGCUGUGUAUAUUGCUUUCAAACUUGGUCCUUUUGUACGUCUCUUCAAUUAUUAUUUAUUUGGACUUUGUUUUG